GGUCAAAGGAUUCCAACUCGCGGUGCUCAGACGACCGGCAGCCGGCGGCGGUUCUCUCCAGCCCAUCAGUCCUUCCGCGACAAGAGUAGAGAUGGUUCACAGGGGCGGACUGCGCCAGAAUCCUUGAACAUAAUCUAAAGGCCCUGGGGCGAUACCUGAUCUCUUUGGAUAUUUGUGCGCACACCUGGUACCAUGUCUGGUCUAAAAGCUGAAGUGACGCUGCUGUGGUGUGCAUUCCUCUUUCUCUACGUGAGUGUGUGCUUGUGCCAGCGCGACUGCACCGGCGUGGACUGUCCCCAGCUGGACAACUGCAUCGAAGAAGUGCUGGAGAGUGGCGGCUGUUGCGCCUCAUGCCUGCAAAAGGGCUGCUCGUGCGAAGGUUACCAGUACUAUGAUUGCAUCAACGCAGGAUUCGAAAACGGAAAAGUGGCCGAGGGGGAGUCGUACUUCGUUGACUACGGCAGCACGGAGUGCUCCUGCCCCGUGGGAGGGGGCCGGAUCAGCUGCAGCUUCAUCAGCUGCCCCGAUAUGCCGCCAAACUGCAUUGAGUUUUUGGAGCCGGCAGAUGGUUGCAUGCAGUGCGAGCGCGUCGGGUGCGUCCAUGACGAGCAAAAGUACGAGGCCGGGGACUCCUUCCACAGCGACCCCUGUCGGGUCUGCCACUGCCCCAACAAGGGCGGGCAGCUAAUGUGCUACCCUGUGCCAGACUGUGACCCACACCAGGUCCAAGAACCAAGGUUAUCUGCACCAACAGCGGAGGACACAGCCAGCAGGCGCAACAGUUACCCCUACAGGCUUGACCAAUUGGAUCAAUUCCCCCCACCGCAACACCUUCCUCCCAAUGGGAAUCUUCCUCUCUUCAAACCGCCACCUUUGAAUAAGGAGGAACCAGAAGAGUAUGAUUACGAUUCUACAGACCUCCCAGAGAACUACCCUCAAUCUCUAGUCUUCCCUACCCAGUCCUACCCCUCAAAGAAGGUCAUCUCUGUGUCCCGGGGCUCUGACAGACCCGACAGAACCUCUGCCCUCCAGAGCUAUAACAGGCAAAGCAAGCUGGAGCUAAGAGAGCGACACGGAGUUCAUGACCAUCCUCCUGACAGACAGGAAGUGACAGAAAGCCCCCAGAGAGCAGAGCAGAAUACCACGAGGCCACAUGUGCUCAAGGACACCACUACUUCCUGGCAGCCCUCGCAGGGUCUGACCAGUGCGCCAAGUGCCUCGUUCAGUGAUGUGACAACACAGACAGAUUUGGAGAAUUCAUUGCACGCACUCAAUUCACAUAGUUUCAUAUUUCCACUGAACCGAGGAUCAGGGGGUGAAAAACACACAGAGUAUCCACAUACGAGUCCAGAGAGUGCAGUUCAUCAUCAGAUAAUCUCUGAGACAAAGACACACCACCAAAAUGCAUCUGAUAGUGUAACAACCAGCGGCUCAAAGAGUCGGAUCAACGUUAGUCAUCCAGUGAGAGGUGUGGACAGUCAAACCAAUCAGCAGAUACCAUCAGAUACAGUGAAUUUUCUGCCGUACAUGCCAAAAAGCCCAGAGAGCCCAAUCCAUCCCCAGGCAAGUUCAAACAGUGAAAAAGAUUUACAGGGGACGGUCACAGCAAACAGUGAGGAAGGAAUGGAGGUAGAAAAAAUGGGUGAGGAGGAGGAAGAUAUAGUAACAUUUCAUGGUGUCACUGGGCCCGAAGGUGGGGAUGUUUUCUACAAGACAGAGUCAGCACAACAGGAGAUAAGCCAUGCGGAGUCAGAGAGCAGCGAUCCGACCAGCAGCUACCAAAAGACCACACCCGAGCCCAGCACCAGCUCCCCGAGGAGGCCCGAGUACCUGACAACCCCCAUUGCACAUUACAUUGCCACUUCCCAGCCCCAAGCGAGGGUCAAGCUGAAUGAGAGCGAGCCCAGCAGACAGCCAGUUCAGAGGCUGUUUAACCUUCACAGUGAAGACCAGGAGGAGGUGACGGAGACAGAGGAGGAGAGGAACGACCGGCCCGUUUUGCUCGUCAAACCUGCUGGAGGUCCAGGUGCCUCUGCUGAAGACCUGCUGCAGAGCUGCUGCACUGCUGGCCAGAAAUGGGCCACAGACAACCACCACUGCAACCACAUGCCAGUGCUGAACCAUGACGAGCACUCCAUAUGCAGUGUUGCGUGGAAGCAGUGCUGCCUCGGCUCCGUAAAGGAGAGCCAGUGUGAAUCGGGCAUGACUUCAGCCAGAGGAGGGGACACCUGUGACGUGGAGAAGGAGGACCAGUGCACAGAUGACUCCUACCAGGUGUGCUGCAGCUGCUGUGCCCUCGGCUUGCGUGUGCGCAGUGAAGGACGGGGUUGCGAUGCCCACCAGUACCUGGGCUACCCAUGCGGGCACGUCUUCCUCAACUGCUGCGAAGGGGAGGAGGAGAGUCUGAGCCAGAUCCAGCUGAGGAAGAAGCAGAAGCCAAGGCCGACAUCCAUGCCUAGAAAAGUCUCGGACAGCAAGUUCCACAAGGAGGCCUUCUCGAUCGGCGCCAAGGAUGAAGCCGCCAACGCAGUGGAGGAGCAUGAGGACGUGGACGAGUGUCGGCUCUACCAGGGCCAGCUGUGCCAGCACACGUGCAGCAACGUGUGGGGCUCCUACCACUGUGGCUGCAACCGGGGCUACAUCCUGCAGCAGGACGGACACUCCUGCACACCAGUGAGUCCCGACGAGGACAACGGAGUCCCAGAGUACGGUCCCGCUGUGGUCCCAACACAAGCUGCUGCAUCCGGUGCAACCACGGCCGGCCCCGCCCGCCUUGACCCAUGCUCAGAAAACGGUCCCUGCAGUCAGCAGUGCACGGAGGAGGCAGGACGGGCCCACUGCUCCUGCUUCCCAGGCUUCUCGCUGAAGACGGACAGACGCACGUGUGAAGACGAUGACGAGUGUGCAACCGGGACCCACGGCUGCCGGCCCGGCGAGCGCUGCGUGAACACAGUGGGCUCAUUUGUAUGCCAGCCUCGGGCCGCUUGUCCUGCAGGCUACCAGCUGAGGAACGGUGUUUGCGAGGACACUGAUGAAUGUGCUCUGCGGACUCAUAACUGCGGUACGGGCUUUGCAUGUGAGAACACCGCUGGGUCCUUCCUGUGUAUUCCCAAAAACAAGUGCAUCAGCGGCUUCACACAGGACUCCCAUGGCAACUGUGUCGACAUUAAUGAGUGCAGCAGCCUGAGUGAGCCGUGCAGCCCAGGCUUUAACUGUAUCAACACAGUGGGCUCCUACACGUGCCAGCAGAAGAUCAUAAUGUGCAGCCACGGCUACCACGUCAGCACCAACGGAGCCAAGUGUGUCGACAUUGAUGAGUGUCAGAUGGGGACACACCGCUGCGGAGUGGGCCAGAUCUGUCACAACCUCCCUGGCAGCUACCGCUGUGACUGUCAGACGGGCUACCAGUAUGACGCCCUCCGCAAAGUCUGCACAGAUGUAAAUGAGUGCUGGCGCUACCCGGGCAGGCUGUGUGCCCAGACCUGUGAAAACACCCCAGGCUCCUACCACUGCUCAUGCACAGCCGGCUUCUCCCUAGCAUACGAUGGCAAGAACUGUGAAGAUGUAAACGAGUGUGACCAAACCCCCUGUAGCCAGGAGUGUGCCAACAUCUACAGCUCAUAUCAGUGCUACUGUCGCCAAGGCUACUACCUGAAAGAGGACGGACACUCCUGUGAAGACAUCGACGAGUGCUCCCAAAGCAUCGGGAACCUUUGUACCUUCCAGUGUGUUAACGUUGCUGGCAGCUACCAGUGCGCCUGUCCUCCUCAUGGAUACGUCUUGUCCGCCAAUGGACGCACCUGCAAAGAUAUCGAUGAAUGCACAACGGGCGCCCACAACUGUUCUUUUGGACAGACCUGCCAUAACCUCCAGGGAGGCUUCAGAUGUCUCUCCUUUGACUGUCCUCACAACUACAAGAAAGUGUCGGACACCCGCUGUGAGCGGACCAGCUGUCCCAGUAACACUGUAGACUGUCAGAAGUCUCCCGUCCGCAUCACGUACUACCAGCUCAGCUUCCAGACCAACAUCAUCAUCCCCGCCCAGAUCUUCAGAAUCGGACCGUCCCCGGCUUACUCCGGAGACCACAUUGUCAUCGGCGUCGUCAAAGGCAACGAGGAGGGCUACUUCAGCACCCGAAAGCUGAACAGCUACACGGGCGGCGUCUACCUGCAGAGAAAAGUCCUCCAGCCCAAAGACUUCCUGAUAGAUGUGGAGAUGAAGCUGCUGAGGCAGGGGACAUUCACCUCGUUCCUCGCCAGGAUCUACGUCUUCAUCACGUCCAGCGCUAUGUAACCCUAUGAGACAAGAGGGAGAGGGACUGGAAAUCUCAUAUGGUGCUAGUGUUUUUAUAUAUGCAGACUCUUUGUAAUGCCUCCCUACAAUCAAGCAUAUUCUAAAACCUUUUCAACUGUUGCCAAAGACUGUUUCCUUGUCUUGUCUUUAGAAGGAUAUCUUCAUUACAUCUUCAGAUUUUCUAUGACAGUCAUAUUUCCCUGAGAACCCUUGUAUUUUUAUUUACCAAAGUAUUUUUCAGUUUGACUCCUGCUAGUGUAAUUCAGUGUUAAUGCACCACUAUUUUUAGGGUCUACUCCAGCUGUAGGUUCUUACAGAAGGUGACAAGGUGCUGCACAGUUCACUGCACAAGUCUGGGUCGGUGUUUAGUGCUCCGCUCUACUCUCCUUUAGGAGGUUUAAGAGUUGAUCUUUAACCUCUCUAUGUAAAUGUUAAUUAUCAUGUGAGUUAUUCAUGAAAGUUUGAAGAAAGUAAUGAACCUUUGCAGCGCUAGAAGUUAGAGGCAAUUGUCAGCUGAAUGUGCAAGAAACUUUUGAGACCAGUCAAAAACAAACCUGAAUAAAUUAAUAAGUUAAAAAUGAAGAGUAAAACGAAUAAUAAUUAUGUUUGUAAAUUAUGUUUUCUUUUAAUGCUCUCCAUUAGUUGGUAAGAAAAAGCGAAAGCUUUUUUGCAUCAUAAUUGUAUCACCAAUCAGUUGAUAGAAUUAAUUAAAACUUAGCUUAGCUUUUUUCAACUCCUUACUGUUCAUAUUUUUUAAAUUCUUAGCAGAAAUUGUAUCUUUAUCUUUUUUUAUACUUACCUCACACGUUUCCU